AUGCGGAAAAAGGCGGCAAAUGCUUUUGAAAUAGCAUUUUUCAAACUAAUGAAUAAUGCCGUCUUUGGUAAGUUAGGGAAAACAAUGGAGAACAUGCGGAAACGGAUCCGCAUUGAGCUAAUCUCCAGUCCGAANAAACGCAUCCGUAUUGAGCUAAUCUCCAGUCCCGAACGUCUAAGCAAGCUCGUAAACCAACCAACCUUCAACGACUGUAUCAAAUACGGUGAAAGGUUGUGCGCCGUCAUAAUGGACACAAAGAUGGUCAAGUUUAUCAAACCAAUAUACGUCGGUUUAGCAGUGCUUGACAUUAGCAAGACGCUAAUGUACAAGUACUUCUACGACGUAUUGAAACCACAUUAUGGCAGUGCAAUCGAAUUGGUUUACAUGGAUACUGACUCCUUCAUAUACCUGCUCAGAGUAGGCGACUUCUACCAGGAUUUAGCUGGUAGCCCCGAUUUACUGGUGCACGUGGACGCAUCUAGCCUGCCCAAGGAUCACCCUUGCUACUCCACCGAUAGAAAGAAGAUGCCCGGCUUGUUUUCAGACGAGACCAGUGGCCUCACUCUCUUUGAGAUCGCUGCACUUCGAUCAAAGUGCUACGCAUUUGACAUGGAAGGCAGCGAACUCAUAAAGUCUAAGGGGAUCCGCGGGCACGUCGUCCGGAACCAUCUGUCUUUGGACGAUUACAAACGGUGUUUGUUCAAAGACGAUGGUGUUGGUGACGAUACGUCAAAACGAGCAUUGGCUAGAGAGAAUGCCCAUGCGGUCAUCGGAGUGAUACGUGGUGGUGACUCUCCACCGACAUUAUCGUUACCCUACACACCGUACCGACAGAACGUGUCAAUCCGUUCAUUUGAGCACGAGGUACACACUUUACGUACAACCAAGUUGGCACUUAACCGUUUCGAUGAUAAGCGCUACAUGCUCGACAACAGAAUCGACACGUUGGCCCACGGGCAUUAUGCUAUACCAUCACCGGAAGACCUAUAA